AUGGUGUCUGUUCGUUUGGAGCAUCCGGUGGCCAAAACCCGAGAGACGCGAAAACGGACACAGGUGGGUGUGGCGGUUGAGCAGAGCACUGGCGAGAGACUGACUGGCGGCCUCCGUCCCCGCCACACCAGAGGAGCAAGAGAAAAGGCACUUACUUGCCACCGUGCCCGCCGAUCAUGCCCACCCAGUGUGCCCGCAGAGUCUGGCCCCGGGGAGGGCGCAGGCUUCAGGGACCCUUCCUCUCCCCCGGCGUCCUCUCCACUGCUGCCGCUGCCUCUUUCUCUGAGCUCCUGUUGCUCGGCCGGCGCCUGCCACUACCCGCCGCUGGCACCCAAGCUAGCCCAACCCCAAUUCCGGAGCCCGCGGAAUUGGAAACCAGACACUCGCCUGGUGAACGCGGGCGAGGGCCAGCCGGGCCACUGCGCCCCUCCUUCCCGGGCGCGCCCAGAAAGGCGGCGGCCCCGCCCCGGCUCUCCGGCCCCUCCUCGCUCCCCGCCCUUGCCCCACCCUAGCUCCGCGCAGCCCUCCACUCCUGCUGGGGGCGCUGGGCGGGGACCUAGCCCCGACCUCCGGGUUGGAGAUACCACAGGCUCUCCAUUGUGCUCCAGAAGAGAGCAGAGGAGGGGAUCACACGACUGCGCACCCUCACCUACCCCAUUGGAUGGGGCGUGA